CGAAUCCGGUGGGCGGGGCCCCGGCCGGGUUGCAGCGACCAAUCAGGGCGCGGCCUUUGCCGCGGGAGAUCCGAAUUUCGCGGCACGUCGUUUGGCGCUUAAAAAAAAAAAAAAAAAAAAAAAAAAAAGGGAAAAAAAAACCCAACCUCCACCCCGCGGCGCGAGCGGAGCCCAGAGCCGCGGGAGACCGGGAAAGGGAAAGACCCGGGGCCGCGCCGCAGCCGUCGCCCCCGCUGCAAUCCGGCCCCAUCCCGGCCCGCUGCAGCCCCGCCGGGAGGGAGCCGAGCCGCGGCCGCCAGCUUUGCAAGGGGAGAGCCGCUCCAUGAGAGACAGUGGCGGGGCCUCGGCCGGAUCCAGGGCCCGGGCUGGGGGCGCAGCUCCCCCUGGCUUGAUGCUGCUCAGCCCCCCCGCGCUGGGGGCCUCGGGCGAAGGGCCCGCCAAAGCAGAGAUUUAGGGGGGUGAUUUUAUGAUUAUUAUUAUUAUUAUUGCUAUUUUUUUAAAUGCAACAAGCUCGGGGGGGAGUCGAUUCGCUCCCUGGGAGCUGAAAGUCACCAGCCCCUGCAAUAACCUGCACGGUACCCAGCUCCUGCACGCUGAGGCUUGGGCCAGUGGCCUGGCAUUUGAGCCCUGCAAAGCCCCGGUCCCCUUAGGACAAACAGUAACUUUUAAUUGUCUGUGUUUUUAUAAAAACAGCCAGCUGCAAAUUCUGGCCGGUCGGGUAAAGGAUCUUCCACGAAGAAAGGAGGGGGUUCGAGCUUUCUGUCUGAAUGAGGAGAGAGAAAGGAAACAGUCAUUUUUAUUCUGGGGCUGGUUUAGUGAUUUCCCCUCCCCCCAAAUGCAUUUUAGCAAAAAUUCCAGCUUGAUUUUUUUGAGACAGCCUCAGUCUGGAAACUGGGGGCCAUUCACUGAUCCUGCAUGCUAUGCCCUGUUUUAAAUGGCUGGGCAAUGCUAGGAGCGGCCUCCGACCGCUCUGUCUAUCCUCCAUGUCUCAACUGCAGCUUGGUUUUUAAGCACCCCCCUUAAAGCUGUGCGAGUGCAACAUUUCUGCCCUCCCUUCCCUGCCAGCUGGGCUUCUCAGAAAGGACUUUGCAAUGCUGAGAGUCAAGGGAGUGUCUUCAGCCCCAGAAAGGGGGGGCUGUUCCAUUGCCUCUCUCCCGCAGCAGCCGCAAAAGAAAGUUAUGCCUGUGAUGAGCUCUGCAGACUUGGUGACUUCCAGCCUCAGCAGCCCUCAGAUGCACUCCAUCCCGGCCAGCUACUUCACGCAGCUGUACCCUCAGAGUGUGGCUACUGCCCCUGCCCCCAGGGGCAGCUGUCUCUACGCUACCCCUCAUGGACCUGAAAUCAGAACCAUCCGAUCUGCCUCUGCAGGAAGGCUGCCGGCCAAAAGGAAGCUGGAUCUGGAAGGGACCGGCCAGCCGGGCAUCCCAGAAUUCCGGACGCCCAAGGGGAAGAGCCGGACAGUCACUCGAAUCCCCAGCCCCAAGACCCCCAAGUCGCCUGGGGAGAAGACACGGUAUGACACCUCGCUGGGGCUGCUGACCAAAAAGUUCAUCCACCUGCUGAGCGAGUCGGAGGACGGGGUGCUGGACCUGAACCGGGCGGCCGAGGUGCUGGAGGUGCAGAAGCGCCGGAUCUACGACAUCACCAACGUGCUGGAAGGGAUUCAGCUCAUCCGGAAGAAAUCCAAGAACAACAUCCAGUGGAUGGGCACAGGAAUUUUCGAGGACACCUCUGUGACGGUGAAGCAUCAGUCCCUGUGCCAAGAGCUGGCGGAGCUGGCCAAGACCGAGAGAACGUUGGACGAGUGCAUCCAGGACUGUACCCUCCAGCUGAAGCACCUGACAGAGGAUGAGACUAACCAGAGAUUAGCAUAUGUCACCUACCAGGACAUCCGCUCCAUCAGCAACUUCCAGGAGCAGACGGUGAUAGCGGUCAAGGCCCCCCCGGAAACCAAGCUGGAGGUGCCGGACUUCAAUGAGGAGAACGUGCAGCUCCACCUAAAGAGCACCAAUGGCCCCAUCGAGGUGUACCUGUGCCCCGAGGAGAUCCUGGAGGACAGUCCUGCCAAGGAGAGCAGCUACCCCGCCCCCUCCCUUCAGGACAGCAGCGAUGGCACCGACCCCUCCCCAGGGAAAGCUGAGCCCCUGAUGGAGGUGGAGGAUGGGCUCCUGGACAUGCCCCAUCACCUGCUGCAGCAGACGGAGGACCAGCUGCCCUAUGGUGACCCCGCCCCCUUCGUCAGCUUCUCCCCGCCCCUCGACCAGGAUGACUACCUGUGGGGGCUGGAAGGGGGCGAGGGAGUGAGCGACCUCUUUGAGGCUUAUGACCUUGGUGACCUGCUGAAGAACUGAGCCAAUGAGGGGACCCCCUCUCUCUCCCUGCUAUGGUGCUAACGGCCUUGCUGGAGUCGGGAGCUUUGACUUGAAGCAUGGACUCUGAGCCCCUGUCCUCCCGGCCACCAGAGCAGGGGCAUGGAGACCUCUUGUGGGGCAGGGCUUCCUUCCGCUCCUCCCCACCCAUGCGUGGUCUCCACAGCUCCUCCUCCACUCUUCCUUGCUGCGGGGGCCAGCACAGACUGGGCGUAGCAGUCAGUGCAAUGCAAGACCCCAGAAGGCAACCUGGGGAAGAGUCUCCCACCACAUCCCCUAAGAACCUACUGCAGGAAUGGAGCGCCUUCGCCUGUUUAUCUUUUUCCCCGCCCCCCACACAUGCCGGUAACACGUUCCUGGCCUGUCCAGGGAUGCUGGGGCUAGGCAAGGAACCCCUGGGAGACUGGGACUCUGUCAUGGAGAGCGAAUCUUCUCAUCGUGCCCCCAGAGCGACCCGUCUGCAGAACACGCAGGGUGGCUGUUUCUGGGGGAGCGGGGGGGGAGAGUGGAACGCUCUGUGGUCUGCCAGGGGAUUUGCGUGGCGGGGCAAGAGAUCCUGUUCCCUGAAAUCUGGGCGGGGGGGGGGGGACACGUGUGCGUGUGUGAGUGAAGAAAUUCUGCAGCUGCUUGGGGGCCCCGAAGGGAUCUGUGAUGGCAGCGCAGCUGCGGGACACUUGUCUGUUUCACUCUGCCGGGCCUGGGCAGCCCCUUUGGAUCUGACCCAUAUGGGUCUUGCUUCCCCCUCCCUGAAUGUUUUUCUCGAAGUGUACGGGGUCCGAGCCAACCCAGAAACGCCGAGUGAAACCUGGUUUGUAAUUGCAGCCAUCAGGUGGCUUUUGAUGUGAACAGUCAGCUGAGAAUGCCUCCUUAGGGCCAUGGCCUCUAGGGGGACUUGGACCUGCUCUGACAUCUUGUAAUGAAACUUGAAACGAAGCAAGUCCAGGGUGGAGGUCGUGGUGAGACAGGGACUCGCCUGCCCACUCACCUACAAUGGGAGGGAUUCCAACUGCAUCUCCUCCCUCCCCUUCGACUGACCCUAGGCCCUCCCCUCCGUCCUCUCACUGAAAUGCCUGGCUGCCUUUGCUCUCAGUGGGUCACUUGGAUCUGCUCCAUCUAGACUGGUGCCAAGCGACCUGCUCCGUUGCAGGCUGCUGUGAGGGUAACAUGUAUCCAGUAAAUGGCUGUUGUUCCCAUGUGAGCCCCCGAGUCCAGGGUUGCCCCAGAUCCUUCCCGAUUGGAUCAGCCCUUCUCUAAAUUCAUUGUUGGCUUAGCGUGGGAUCCGUUUCAUAGAGUGGGAGGAGCCCCAAGUGCCACAAGCUGGGCUGGGUCCCCUAGGAGACCAACGGCCCACACCCCUUCUCCUUCUAUGGUAGAUUCUGGGAGCAGGGUGGAUUAAAUCUGGGAUUGCCGAGGCAGCAUAAGAGAGUUCUGAAUGACCCGUGCACAUGCGCCGUGCCUGGUAAAAACCAGGCCGUUAACCUCCACUGUGCUUCCUGUGAGGCAGGACUAAUACCCGCCUCCAUGUCGUGCUUUGGGAUCCUCAGGGACAGGGUCUUAGCGGUGAGAUCUGGACCAUUAUCCAAGCCCCCUGAAACUGAAUGGCGCUUGGUUUCCAGGAUGUGCCAGUGGCUUGCAGACUACUCUGGUUCACCAGUGUCCUGGUGCUGGUUGCUUAUUGACUUGCUGCUUUCUGAUUGGCUUGCUUCAGCUUCAGCCAAACAGAGACCAAUCAUCUGCCCACCAUGAAACAUACACGUGUUCAGCUGUAAUUUAAACUUAAAUCUUCAAGUUGGGCAUUUAGUGUGAAGAUUGUCAAACAUGGGCGCCGAGCGCUGUGUGCCUAAAUUAAUAUUUAUGCAGCUAAUUGUGGCUUGAUUUUUUUUUUUUUUAUUUGAGAUGUUGAGCGUGCACCGCUCCCUCUUUAAAAUCAAGCCUCUCAGAGGUGCCUAAAAAUGUGGAUUUGGGUGGCAAACCUGAGCUACCGGAGUUAAAAAAAUUUUGAUCUUAUCUUACUUUAUUUUCACUCAUUGCCAGAUUUUGAAAAUCUCACCAGGUGCUUCUCUGCAUUUUUAGGGACCUAAAUUCCUCUGAAAAUUUGGCCUAUAAUAGCGAGUGGCUCCACCAUGUAGCAACCUUGUUAGCCGCAGAUUCCAUUGUCAAUAGUUUUUUGCAAAAUUCCAGAGGGGAAGGGGAAAGUAGCUUUUUAUUUCACUCUGUUCAAAAUUCAUCCCCCCAGAAAGGCUGGUUUGGAUUUCCAGGUUUUCAAUAUUUGCAGAAUAGCUAUUGGUUCACGGGUGGGGAAUUUUGUCAUGUGACAUCCCAUUAAAUUCUGUCUUAAAAAUGGAAACAAGCACAUUUUCUUAACCCCUUCUUGAAUGCAGCUUAUCCCUGCCUGGGGCGAAUGCCAGACGGAGCCUGCAAUGGAUGCUGGGUGGGUAGCAUCCCAUUCAUAUCUGCCCAGUGGCUCUCCCUGCAGGACUCGGGCCUGAGGUAUAGUAGCCAAAAUGUCAACUGAAGCUAACAUUAAACACUUGGUUGGCUUUUAAUCUAGCAAAGGGGUUUAAUGCUGCCCGGAUACUAUGGUGAUGGGUGGCACCUUCCACAUAAAAUCAAUAGCUAAGUCCUCAUGGAGUCUCUGAUGUGUCUCCCUGUUUGGGGGUGAAACCUCUGCUUGGGGAAAGGAUUUUGAUUUUGUUAAUUUGCCCCCCUUUGUGUGUGUGUUUGGGCAUUGGGAUGGAAGGGGGAUGUCAGUGCAGAGUCAUUCUCGUGGUCAGAUGCUAGAUUCAGCUGAUCUCCUUUCUUACCAGCCCCGCCUUGGAGCUCCCACAUCUAGUGUCCCCGUCUAGGGGAGCGUCUGAGAAUGGGAACUCCCCAAAAUAGGGUGUGAAGAGCUGCAGGUGGCUGUUCUUGAGACUGAGAAAGGGAGGGCUGGCUCAUUCGAGCCCCUUCUGGACAGGCAUCUGAUCGAACCAAAAGGAUGUUUUCUGGCAUCUCAAUACACAACUGUUGCGGGGAGCUAGGCCUCCAUCUGGAGGUGGCUGUCAUCUAAACGAAAGGCAGUGGCCGGUUGCUCUGGCAGCGGCUCUGUAGCUCUUGGUUUUUCAGGGAGAAUCUGCAGAGACGAGACUCUGAGCAGCAUUAGUGUCUCCUCGAGAACUGGAGAUGGGGAAAACAGUUGGUUUUCCUAAUGCAACCAUGUGCUAUGGGGAUCUCCCCUCCCCCACGAAUAAUCCAAGUCCAACCCUGCUGUAAAAGUGACAGUCAAACCAGCACUGGAAGCGGCAUGGCUGUGUCUCGAAUGUGUUCCAUGGACGAGUGAAGAUAUGGCUCUUUGAACUGCAAACUCCCCCUGGCAUUGGAGAGUCCAACUGGGUUCUCUCCUUGCACGUCCUCCCCAGUAAGAAAGGUUCUGCUGGCCAGGCCCACACCACCCCGUUGUCCUAUGGGUUUGUAUGGGUGUCACUGAAGGGCUGAGCUGCUUUGUCUGCAGUGGGGGGUUUGCCCCAAUUCCAGCCACCUGUGGCUAGCAAUUGGUGUAGCAGCACCAGGCACUUGCGCUUGCUGGAGGCUGGGGUGGGGUGUGCUAGUGCCAAUGGAAGCUGGUACCAGUUGGCCUGUCUACAAGAGGAAUUUUCAGGCAGUGCAGCUGAAUUGGGGGGCAACUCCAGUGUGCACAGGUCCUUCAUUAACUGCUCUGUUGCACAAGGGAGACUAGAAUACAGCUUCCCCCUCUCACAGCAGCACUGGUGGUCAGAUCUGACUUGGAUCACUAGGUGUUGUGUGGGUUGAAUUGACAGAGGUGAUGUAAAUUGGAUCAAGCCAGCGACCAGCUUCCAAUACUCAAGACAAGGCCAGCUGUAUGUUAGUGUGUGCUAAGUGGGCAGAGUUAAGGGUAGAUUGAGCUAGUUAACACCAUCUAAAAACUGCAUUGCUAAAUCCUCAUCUAGACAAAGCCAAAAUGGAAGAAACAAGACUCUAGUCAGGUCUACGCUAAGUACUUCUGCUGGCUUAGCUUUGCCACUAGAAAUCUCAAGCGCUGAAGCAAUGAUACUAGCAAAGUAGUUGCUUUUACCGGUAUAAUAUGUUUCACUCAGGGCAACAUGUUGGUUGGGGUGGUUUCACAAUACCAGCUUUAUCAGUGUAGCUGUAUCCACUUUAGGAGCCCUUUGCUCAUAUGGUAAUGCUAGUUUGCUGUAAAGCAUGCUUAGCGUAGACAUGUGCCCAAGGAGCAAAUCGGAUGGCUAAAAGGUAUCACUGGAAAAUAGUUCAUUUUCAGGGCAGAGCUGCCCAUUGAAAUCGACCUGAGAGGUGUUUCUGUACCCAUUGAGAAUAAGCUUUUUUUUGAAAUAGUCAGGGGUAUUUUGUUUUUGUUUUGUCUUAAAGUCUGAUCCUGAACUUGCUUUGUACAUAACCUGAAGUGUCAGCUGAGACUGGUAUAUGGCUCCUUGUUAAUACCUGCUUUCUAUAGAGUUUAACGUUAACUUAAUCAUUCGGGUUUGGAAUCCCGUCUGUUGUAGAACAAGUCUCAUGCCGGUUGCUGGCUUGACCUGGCUUUCCAGGUGAGGCUUUUAACUGGAGAUGAGUCUAGGCCAAAAAUCUCAGAUCUGUACUUUGCAGCUCAGUCUUGUUGUGAGUCUUAAGAGGGCAUGUCUACAUAGGGAAGCUAUUCUGGAGUAAGCUAGGAACUGAAUUUAAUGUACUCGAGCUGUUGUGGAAUAGCUACUCUGGUCAGUUUCCCCACAUAGACAAGCCCUAAGAGAAGUGCCUGGGAGGCCAUCUUGAAUCUUCAAAUCUCUUUUGUGAAUGGCAUAUGAAAUCCUUCAAAGAUCCUGGCUGGGUGUGUGCCGCUGGCUUUUAUCUGAACCUUGUAAAAUUGUACAGAAUUAUUGCACUGUAUUUAUAAUGGGAGCCACCUUUUUACACUUUUUUUUUUUUAAUUAAAGUGAGUGUAUUUAAAUCAUUCCUGGGGUGGUUCUCCUGAAGUCCAGCGUGGCAGUGUUGUGGGUGUGAAUGUGUUUUGUUUUUUUUUUUUGUAAACUUACAGCACUUGAAGGUUUGUAAGCAAAAAGAAAUGAAUAAAAAUGCUUUUUUGAGCCUCUGUUCUCUGUAAAGGAA